GCUGAAUGUGAAUUGGCCCCUUCUUCAGAUCAUCAUCACAACAGCACCAUCCCUUUUACUUUGAGUUUUUUUUUUCUCCUACAAAGCUGAGAUGAUGGAAAGGAUAAGAAAAGAGAUGAUUCUCAUGGAAAGAGGUCUGCACAGCCCAACCACAGGCAAAAGGCUUUCCAAUUUAUCGGACUCAGCUGGUAAUGCAGUGUUGGAGGCCCUGGAAAAUGCUCACCACACAACUCGUCUGAGCCCUAGACUAACAUCUUCUUCAUUGCAUGGAUCCAUUGGGGACCUACCUAGCAAGGGCAAAUUUGAAAUAGACACUUUGUUCAGCAUCCCUCAUCCUAACACUGAAAGCAACAGUGUUCCUGAGAUAGUCGGCUCCGAAAGAGGGAAAAUUAGCCAAUAUUCUGAAGUUGCUCCAGAAGCAGAUAUGAACAGUGAUGUGGAGGUGGGAUGUUCAGCCCUGCGCUCCCCAACUAGCAUCAGAGACAGCCAGCUGAAGGACAAUAAUGGAUCAGUUGCCAGCACCACCAGUUCGUCCGGUUCUGGGAUAGGCAGCCUUAGCAGCAAUAAUCCCGUGGGUAGCUCCAGUUCAGCAGCUGACCAGGUGCGACGUUAUCGGACAGCAUUCACCCGGGAACAGAUAGCCAGACUGGAGAAGGAAUUCUACCGGGAGAACUAUGUGUCUCGGCCCCGGAGAUGUGAACUGGCUGCGGCCCUCAACCUCCCGGAGACAACUAUUAAGGUCUGGUUCCAGAAUAGGAGGAUGAAGGAUAAAAGGCAGCGCUUGGCUAUGUCGUGGCCUCAUCCUGCGGAUCCCAGUUUUUACACGUAUAUGAUGACCCACGCUGCAGCCACUGGAAGCCUUCCUUACCCCUUUCAUUCCCACGUGCCUCUGCACUACUAUCCUCACGUUGGGGUGACUGCAGCCGCUGCAGCUGCAGCAGCCUCAGGGGCAGCAGCGGCGGCCGCUUCCCCUUUUGCCACAUCCAUACGGCCUUUGGACACCUUCCGCGCACUUUCACACCCUUACUCUCGACCGGAACUACUUUGCAGCUUCAGACAUCCGGGUCUUUACCAGUCCCCUGCUGGGAUCAACAGCACUGCUGCGGCUGCCGCUGCGGCUGCUGCUGCUGCAGCCGCCUCGGCGCCCGGCUCCACUCCCUGCUCCUGCCUCAGUUGUCAUAGCAACCAGACGGCGUCAGCGCUGAGUUCCGGCAGCAGGAGCUCGGAUUUCACUUGCACUGCGUCCUCACAGAGGUCAGAGAGUAGCUUUUUGCCCUACUCAGCGGCAGUGCUCAGCAAAACCUCUGUUACUCCCCCGGACCAGAGAGAGGGGACACCUCUUACCAGAUAACUGCAGCCCUUCAGACUGUCCAAAGCUACCCCUUACCCUCAGUCUCUGUAAUUACUACAGAGAGAACUUGUGUGAUGUCACCACUUGUGAGUGUGACUUUUUUUAACUAAAUCUUUUAUUUAUAUAUCCAUAAUUAAACAUCAGCUACAAGCCAUGGGAAGCAUAUAAACUCUGAAAAUGAACGAGGGCUGUGUAAUCACCGAGACAGAAAUUAACAGUCGAGCGACAGAAUGCAUAAUUCGAUUUAUUAUGAUUUAUUUUUUUAAUGACAUGUUUGGAUGCAUACUUUUAUUAUGUUAUUUAUUAAGAUUUUCGUUUUGUUUUUACAAAAAAUGUUUUAUUUCGGCAUGGUUUACUUUGGAGU